AUGCACCCACGCUCCAAACAUUGGCAUCUUAUAGACUACGUUAUUACGCGACAGCGUGACAAGAAAGACAUUCUCAUCACAAAAGCAGCACUAAACAUCGAUGAGUGCUGGACGGACCAUAGACUUUUAGUCAGCCGUUUGAGAGUACCAAAGUAUCGCAAGCCACGAUCCCACUUUUCAAACCCACCACGCAGAAAAUUCAACAUAAGCAACCUGAACAACAAAAAUGUUCGCUCACACUUCCAAGACAUACUGUCCGAACAACUUAACAAAGCUCCAGCAACCACAGAUGACGUCGAACAAGAAUGGACCACAUUAAAGAACAUCAUCAAAGAAACUGCUGAGAAUGUUGUUGGUUGUAGUGCACGGAAAAGAAGUGACUGGUUUGAUGACAACCACGGAGAAAUCCAAGCCAUCAUCAAUGCAAAGCGGGAUGCUUACCUAUCCCUUGCUCAAGAUCCAUCCAGCGCAGAAAAGAAAGCACACUUUCUAGAACUCAAGCAGAAAUGUCAAAGUGAAAUACGAGUAAUCAAGAACAAAUGGUGGCAACAGAAAGCCACAGAACUCCAAAAUCUUUCUGAUGCAAGGAACCUGCGUGGCUUUUAUGCUGGUAUUAAAGAGCUGUAUGGACCUAUCCGCUCAUCAUCAGGAGCACUUAAAGCUGCUGACAACUCCACCAUUCUUACUGAAAUCUGUUAUAAACUGAGGAACUCUACGUACUUCUGUUGUGUCAUCACUGGCGGCUUCAGAAAUUUGAAGCAUUUGUUGAUGAAAAGGUGGUGCGUGAUGACGGUUGUGAGAUGUCUGGCGGCCCUGGUGUUGCUGGCGGCGGCGGCCCACGGACAGUCCGACCGCCUGCCGGGGGAGAGCUGGCCGCUCCGACAGAGGGUCGAUCUCACGGUCCACCUCGGCGACGAGGGGGACAGCAGCUUCACCUUCGAAGGCCGGACAAACCUGACGGUGGUUGCGGUGCGCAACACAACGCAGAUCGUGCUGCACGCCGCGCUCGGCGUCUCCUCCGUCACGGCAUAUGACGCCAGUGGCAGCCCCGUCAGCUCCAGCUACGAGCAGGGAGCUUUCCUGGUCGUCACACUCGCAGAGCAGUUGACCUCGGGUAGCAGCAUCACGCUGGAGGUGGACUUCAGCGGCGAAAUCGGCUACAGGGAGGACGGCUUCGCUCGAUACGACUACCUGGAGAACGGCCAGGAAAAGGCGAUAUACGCGACGCAGUUUGAGCCCAACUUCGCGAGGUCCGCGCUGCCCUGCUACGACGAGCCGGCUGUGAAGACCUUCUACACCCUGAGCGUGCGCGUGCCAGACGGCUACACCGUGCUCUCCAACACUCCAGCCUCCAGCAUCGACGAAAGCCCAGACGAGGAUGGCUUCCACACGUUCCAGUUCGAGGAGACGCCCCCAAUGAGCGCCUACCUGCUGGCCUGGGUCGUGCUGAACACGUCCAGCGUGGUGUCGCCCUCCGACGCGACCACGACCAUUUGGACGGUGGACAGCACGCUGCCCCAGGCCGUCUACUCCAGCGUCAUCACUCCCAGCACCGUCUCUGCGAUGGAGCAGCUGGUGGGCGUGCCCUACACACUAACUAAGCUGGACCAUGUCGCCAUUCCCAGCUUCAUAGAGGGGGGCAUGGAGAACUGGGGGCUCAUCACCUACACGCAGGGCAGCCUCCUGGUGCUGGAGAACUACACGUCGGAGGCGACCAAGGAGCAAUCUCUGGGCACCAUCCAGCACGAGGUGGCCCACCAGUGGUUCGGAGACCUGGUCACCUGCGACUGGUGGAACGUCCUCUGGCUCAACGAGGGCUUCGCCACCUACUUCCAGUGGAUCGCUACCGAUGUGGUGGAGCCCACGUGGCGCCAGCGCGAGGUUUUCGCGGUGACCACUCUGCUGCAGACCGCCAUGACGGCCGACGUCAGCGGCGAAGAGUACCCACUCACCAAGAACCCCAACAUCACAGCUGACCAGGCCUUCAUGGAUUACAACAUUUACCAGAAGGGUGCAUCAAUAAUCUGGAUGAUAGAGAACGUCAUGGGAUCUGAUGCGUUCUUCAGAGGCCUCUCCAACUACCUCAGAAACAACAUGUUCAGCGCGGCGACGGACGACCUCCUGUUGAGGACCCUGGAUUACGUGACGCCUGAUUCUUACCUGCCCGAGGGAACCUACCUAGAAGAGGUCAUGCUGCCCUGGGUGCGACAGGGUGGCUUCCCUUUCAUCUCCGUCUCCAGGAACUACACCGACGGUUCAGCUGUCAUAUCACAGGCACCGUACCUGUCGGACGCAGACACCGUGUGGCCAGUGCCCAUCACCUACACGUCCCGCUCUGAGGCGAACUUCUCCGCCUCUCCCCCACGGCUCUGGCUGCUGGACUCUGAGUUGGAGGUGCCGGCCGUGGCUCAGCCAGACGACUGGCUACUCCUCAACCUGCACGUGGCUGGCUACUACCGCGUGAACUACGACGAGCAGAACUGGGCGCUGCUGACGGAGCAGCUGCGGUCCGACCCCGAGGCCAUCCCGCCCGCGAACCGCGGCCAGCUGCUGGACGACUCGGCCAGCCUGUCCGGCGCCGCCUACGUGCUGUCCGCCGAGGCGGCGCUGCGGCUGCACUCCUACCUCAGCCGGGAGCGCGACUACAUCCCCUGGAGGGUCGCCUCGGGCACACUGCUCAACUUGGAGCGCCUUGUCGGCUGGGACGCCCCCGAGCAGUACAACGAAUUUGCACUGUCUGUGUUGGAGCACAUGACUGAUGAAUUAGGCUAUCGUGAGGUGCCAGGUGAGGACCACGUCACACGUAUCCUGAGGGCCAUCAUUGUCAACCUUGCUUGCAACUACGGACAGCAGGCUUGUCUCAAUUCCACAUACGAACAAAUGGAGCGAUUCAUGGCCGAUCCUGCCAAUCCUGACAACCAGGUGGACCCGGACUUGAGGCGCAUCGUCUACUGCCAGGGCGUGCGAUAUUUUGGCGCUGAUGUUUAUAACUUCCUGAUGGACCGAUAUGCGACCACUGAGGUCAUCUCCGAGAUGAACGACAUCCUGCUAGGCGCCACUUGUUCAGAGAUGGUGGCUGGUUUACGGAUGCUGGAGUUGACGGCGGCUGGAGCCCAGGGUGGCUUCCGGAGAGAACACCUGCUGCGCCUGCUGGAGGGACUUCUCCAGCAGAAGCAGGGCAUACCUACGGCCCUCCAGUUUCUCAGCCACAGCGCGCAUUUCCUCACUUGGUGA